CUGGCCGUGUGUGGCUCCGUAACAGUUGGUACAUCUUGAGAAAUAUUACCCAUGACUAUACUACAAACAGAAGUUACAAAGUCCUUCACCAAGUUCAAAAGAAACCUUUGCUUAGAUGUAUUAUGACUACAACAGGACCACUGGUACCAGGAGAACUUAGAGAAUGCUUUGGUGGCAUGAUGCAAGGGGCAAAACAAGUGCAAUAUACAGUAGCACAAAAUACUGUAGCACUCUGGGACUGUAGACUGUAUCCACGCACCGAGAACUCCUAACCUAAGCCAUGCACACACAUGGCUCUCGUACGGCCCUGGCAAUGCCACACUACCAUGCUGCCAGCCCGAUGAUGUUUGUUGAUGGUCAUGUUAUUCCAAACAUAAGCCCAAGUAAAUUAAAAAAAAAAGCUCUCCAGCAUGGAGAUUAUGAAUGGCAAGAUCCAAAAUCAGAAGAUGAGGUGGUUAACAUAACAUAUAUAGAUCGAAGUGGUAAAAAGAUCCCUGUACGAGGGAAGAUAGGCGAUAACGUCUUAUAUCUUGCACACCGCUAUGAAAUUGAAUUGGAAGGUGCAUGUGAAGCUUCUCUAGCAUGUAGUACCUGUCAUGUGUAUGUUGAUGAGGACUACUGUGAUACAUUGCCUGAACCACUUGAAGAGGAGGAAGAUAUGCUUGACUUGGCAGUCUUUUUGAAGAAUAAUUCAAGGCUUGGUUGCCAGAUUAUCCUGACCAAAGAACAUGAUGGCAUGACACUCACAUUACCCCAAGCUACACGCAACUUUUAUGUGGAUGGCCAUAUUCCCAAGCCACAUUAGAUAAUAUGCUGACAUUAGUAACAAAGAAAUAUAUAUAAGUCAGGCAAUGGUUAUUUUAAUUGUUAGUAAUGAAGAGUAAAAAUAGGUUGGUUAAUAUUUUGUUGAUUAGAAGAAAAUUGACAUUUACAGAGAAUAUAAUAAUAGCUGAUCUUUUGUUUCUCAAAAGCACCAGUACUUCUAAAGAAUUUACUAGUGCUCAAAAUAUUACAAAGUCAAGGAUCUGAGAAUAGGAAGAAAAAAUACUACAAAAAAGAUCACGUGACAAGUGACAAGAUUCUCUUAUACAAUACAGUAGGGUGUCAGAGUACUUGGAGGUUACAUUCCUGGGAUCCUUGUGCAAGUGUGUAUUCACAUAAUUUCUGCUCCCCCUCACAGAAUAUUGCGAGUUAUUGCACAUCACUUUUUCAUAGUAAUGACCAAGAACUGUACUGACCAUGACAUUUAGCAUGAAAGACAAAACUUCACAAAAAACAAAAGGGAGCCCAUGAGCUCAUUAACCCUUUCACUGUAUCAUAAAGUUUCAAGGUUGGUUCCCAAUAAGUAUCACUUUGCCAUCAUUAAAUGAGUGUUCAUAUGAACCUUUUAAUGACUUUUCUUGUAAAAAACCUUAAAGCCUCUUUCAAAUAAGAAUUUUUUUGUCAUGUGACAUCACUAGAGUUCAAUGGAACCUUUCACACGGGUGUCCAUUGAUUUCCAAGUUGUUUGACAGAAAAAUGGUCGUGUGAAAGAGGUCUUUGGCUUUCAUGCCCGACACAAAAUUUGUUUGAAUACUGUACAUUAAUUAUCAGGAAAGUUUGUCUAUUAUAAAGUAAUAUCAAUAAUUUCAUAUUUUAUAAUUGUUGAGAUGUGAAUAUAUUCUGACCUAUGAGACUCAAUGGUGCCAAAAGUAUUCCAAACACCAAAUUUUUGCAUUGUAACAAAAUAAUAGCAUUAAUAUAAAUAAUUUUACAUGUAAAAUGUUUUCCAUAAGCUGUGGAACAGUGCAGCCUGUUUAAUACAGUUUUUGGUGGACUUUUCAAAAAUGCAGUUUGUGCAGACAAGGGAGCUAUUUUGUCAAGUGCACAGGAGUGCUUUCUGCAGCAAAAGGAUUAAUAUGCAGCCUAAAAACUCUAGGCGGAGCAAUAAAUUCCCUAAAACCAACCUACUGUACACUAAUUUUUAUAAGUACUGUACAGUAUAUGACUAUAGCAUCCAAACAUAAGACAUCUAAUUAUACUUGUCUAUAUGGAGUACACAAAAUAAAACUUAGAUAUUUCAGGAAAAAAUUAAAAUAAAUAAAAUAAUAGAUCGUUAUAUUUUCUGUUGCAAGAUUUUCCCCUUGAGAAUCCAAACCGCAUAUUCAAGUUUGUUUACGGUAUUUCAGACAAAUACCCAUAAGUUUCAUUCCCAGAGAAAUUUAAUGGAGGGCAUAAUCAUGAAUCUCUGCCAAAUUUAACACAACCUGAAAUGGAACAUUGCUCUGACAUUUAAUGUACAGUAAAUGUUUUGUGUUCGUAAAGCAUGAAAGCUCAGUUGCAACAUAAAACAUCUUUAAAUCAACCCGUUAUACAGGACACUUUAGAUGUGUUACUCCCUCAUAUUGAAGGAAGAAAAUAAAUAAUUCCUUUCAAAUGUUGAAUGUGGUUGCUUAGGACUACAGUUUAGUAUACUAAUACACACUAGUAUUUACCUUUUAGUACUUAGUUCCAUUAAUUAUUUUUUGUGUUCAAAUUCUAGUUUUGUUUGAUAUUAUACUCCAGUUCCUUGGAAAACCUACUUGUAGGAAAUUUAGAUAUUAUAGGCCAAGUUCACUUCUUCGGUUUCUUGCUAUCAUGGUUUCCUGGCAUGUCCUUUAAUUUCAAAAUGAAUAUGGACUUUUUCCCAACAUAUCUUGCUUCUGUAAAUAUUAUUCUGUAUAUUUUUACAAGGAAUAUCUCAGACUCAAAAGUCACGUGCCUACCUAAUAAUAAUAAUGUAGAUAAGUUGUGUAUAUCUUCUAAAUGUGUCUAGUACUGCCUACCAAUAUUUAUUUAGAAAUAUUGGUCAAAACUUGCUGGGGAAGAUAAUGUAUAUAAUGUAAUGUCUAUCAUUUUACUAUGUUUAUCAGUGUGUGGAUGAGUGUCUUAUACAAAGUACAUGCACACACAUAUAAGAUAGUAUACUGUACCAGAAUAUUAAAUUUUUAACUCGUU